GAGAGAAUUGAAAACUUGGAACGUGAGAAGCGAAUAUGUGAGGAGAGAAUUGAAAACUUGGAACGUGAGAAGCGAAUAUGUGAGAUACAAGUGGAAGUUUAUAGAGAAACAAUCAGAAGAUUGGAAUCUGCGAAGGAAAAAAGCAAUGUAUUUCUGCUAAAACUCUUGCAAUCGCUCCUUUUGGUGAAGGAAAUAUUGGUUAGGAUCGUCGAUAACGUUGUUGAUAAAGAAAAGGUUGAAAACUGGACAAAAGAGAUAGAUGGCUUGGGUGUAGAAUUGGAAUUGGACGAAGAAUCAAAAGCUGUUUCAGAGGGGUUAAUGGCGGUCACAAACCUUAUGGAAGUGGCUGAAUUGAAAGUGAAUGAGUAUAAAGAAUCAAGGAAGAAAGAACAGAGCAUAUUGAAGAACAGUGUGGUGAGUUUGACAGAAGAGAAUAGGAAUAUAAAUAUUUUGCUUAAGAUUGCUUUGGUGGAGAUGGAGGCUGUAGAGAAGAGCUUGAGUAGGUUGAAUGAGAAUAUUGACCAGAAAAGGGUGGCCAUUUUGCAGAUUGUGGAAAGUGGGUUGCAGAGAGUUGGGUUUGGGAGUGGUGAGAAUUCAUUGGAGAGUUCAGAAAUUAAGGUGGAUACUUCUGUUGAUAGUAGUGAGCGUGAAGAGGAGGUUGUAAGCCUGGCAUCAACUAUGGUGAGGAUAAUGAAGAAUUUAAACCUUAAAAUCACUCAAUUGAGGAGAUCUUUGGAAGAAUCUAGGUCAAAUAAUGAGCACCUGCAGAGUCUUACAGAGAAACAAGCUCAAGAUAUUGUCGAAAACAUGCUAUAUAUCAAGGAGUUAGAAGAUAGAGAGAGGAUGUUGGCUCAAAAUGUUGAGGGACUCAUGGUGAAAAUAAAAGAAGCUGAAGCAGAGGUUGCUAGAUGGAGGGAAGCUUGUGAAUUGGAAAUUGAAUCUGGGAAACAUGAGAUUGAACAACGUGAUAUAGUGCUACAAACAGUGGCUUUGUCGGGCACAAAUUUAUCAUGAAAAACGGUGCCGUUUCGCCAAUUAACCCAACUACUGCCUAUCUGAAAAAUGAUGCCCCAAGAAUUUCCAAAAAUUUUCAAUCUCACCCUCUCGCUUUCCCUCUCCCUUUCCCUUGAUCUCCGACCUUCACUUCCUAUUCCGAUGGAGUCCAAGAUUUUGACUCCGAGGGAGACGACCACCACUGCAAACACAUCAGCCACCAAUAAAUUUCCAUUUUGAAUCCUUUCGAGCUUUUAAUUUCGCUCCAUUCCACACUCUUCGAUUCGAUCUCCAGAGUCAAUGCGUGCGCCAUAACUCAGGGAGAAGAGCAAGCAGUUUGGGGGUUCGGUUGAGUGCCAGCUUGGGGCUUUGAAGAAUUGUUCGAAAUACAGAUCGGAGGCUCCUCUGCUAGAGAGGCUUGGAGCUUUUGCUUGAUACGUUUCACGUGGUCUCUAAGAUAUGCGUUUCAUUUCUCAUUUUGAUUUUAAUUUUGUUUUUUUGGUCUAAGGUAUCCAUGAUAUGUUUCUCUUUUCCAAAAACAGUGCCGUUUUUGCUCAAUAUGUUUCACAUGGUCUCUAAGGUAUCCAUGGAUAUGUUUGGGUCUACGAUUACACGUGCACUUUAAACUGAACUCGUGUGUUUGAAAACAGAAGGAGAGGCGUUUGGAGGAAAACAGUGAGGGUUGCUCUGGUUUAUAGAACAGGGGCUGUAUACGUUUGUGUGCUUGUAAUUUCUCUUCUUAAUUAACGAAAUCUGGUUUCUUGUUUGCUUAUCUCAUUGAUAUAUGCUUUCUAAAUUCCUUGUUCUUGUUGUAACAUUUGGUUGCUGCUUUCCUUAAUUUUGACUUAAAUCUGAUAUGUAAGUAAGCCUGCUGUCAAGCAUGUAAGUUAGCUGAUUGAUUUAUCAUCUUUUAGAAAUAUAUUAGCUUUUGUAUAGAUCAGAUUGAAUAUAUUGCUUGUUUGUUGUUGGAUGGCUUGAUAUAUUGGUUUGUUAAUGUGAGAUAGCUUCUAGGAAGUCUAACCAAAAUCAUACUGUUUGGCAAGGAGAAGGUGAUAGUGCCUGAAAACAAAACAAAUUUGAUAUUGGAAGGCAAGGGCUAUCUCAACACAUUUCUAUCAUGGAAUAAAACUGCAGGCUCAAGAGGAGGGACAUUUUAUCAUUUUUUGGUUAACAUCCCAGCUUCUAACUUCAUUGCCUACAAUCUUAGCUUUCAGCCUUUGCUGUUGCAAAGAAUGCAGAAAUUAUACCUGCAGCAAACACAUAUGUUCGGAUAUCUUUCCAUAGAUUCGAAGCUUGGCAUGGCCUGCAGUUCUUAUUUGUUGGAUUGCUCAAAGUGCAAGACGUUGGACAAUGGACCAUUUCCGUUACUACAAUACUAUUCCUACCUGUUAAUGAAGGACCUAGUAUGUUUAUAAUAAAAGACAAGAUUUGGAAAUAGUGGUUGGGAAGCUGAGGGAAUUGAAAAAGAGGUUGGAAUGCUUGGAUCCUUGGAGAAUGUAUUAAUAAACUGCAUUGGAAGAUGGAGAUUGUAAAGAUUUAGUGGGUAUAGGCAACCAUUUUGUAUAUAUUUUUUUCCCCUAGAAUUACAAACUGUUUUUGUUUACAUUUUCCUUUUAGUGUAAUCUUAUUGUAUUUGCUACACAUUAUAUUUGUAUUGGUUGGUGUUUAAUGAAUUUUGUAGUACAAGAUAAAUGUUUAAUAAAGUAUUAUUCUUUUAUGUUA